AACCCACUUUUUACAAACGCCAAAAUUUCCACACUGCCAAUUUCCAAUCCCCCCCCGGGCCAAACUCCAAAAAUGGAGCACAAGGAGGAGGGACUUGGAAUUAAAAUCUACACAUCCCCGCCGCGAGACCCUGCCCCUCCGGCCCUGACCUCCUACCCCGCCUCUCCACGGGCUGCCAUCGCUGAGCCCGUCGAGCCAGAGCACGGCCGCAGACGGCGGGCCACCGUCGCGAAGGGCGUGCAGAAAACCCUCUCGAAGACGUCGAUGCUGGUGAACUUCCUGCCCACCGGCACCCUCCUGACGUUCGAGAUGGUGCUGCCGUCGGUGUCGCGGCACGGGGAGUGCUCGCCGGUGACGACGCUGAUGAUAAACAUGCUGCUGGGGCUGUGCGCGCUGUCAUGCUUCUUCUUCCACUUCACUGACAGUUUCAAGGGGGCGGACGGGAAGGUGUAUUAUGGGUUCGUGACACCGAAAGGGUUGGCGGUGUUCAAGGCGGGAGCGGGGUUGGAGAGCCCCAAGGACGAGAGGUACCGGUUGGGGCUGACGGACUUCGUGCACGCGGUGAUGUCGGUGAUGGUGUUCAUGGCGAUUGCAUUUUCGGACCACCGGGUGACAAACUGUUUGUUCCCGGGGCACGAGAAGGAGAUGGAGCAGGUGAUGGAGAGUUUCCCCUUGAUGAUGGGGAUUGUGUGCAGUGGGUUGUUUCUUGUGUUUCCCACUCAUCGGUAUGGUGUUGGGUGCAUGGCCUCUUAAUUAUUCAUGUUUAAUUCGAUCCUCCAUCAAUCUUCAUCAUGCAUGAAUACUAGGCAGUGCAUGUCAUAUAGGGCGAUUCUUUGAAGUGAAGUGGUAGCAGUUUUUUUAGUUUUUUAGUUUUGGUGAUUGGGACGGGAUCAUGUAUGUGGUAGGUUGAUUGCAUCUGUAUGACAUUAUAUUUAUGUCAGGAAAAUAAAAAAUAAUUAAUCUAUGUGUCUGUAGAAAUUGUUUUUUAUUUUUUUUAUUUUAAUUUUUGUUCCGUAAUUGGUAUGGUUUGCAUUGUUGUGGGUUGAUCGGAUAUGUGAUUCUGUAUGACACAGAUCAAUUGGGAACAAAUUUUAUUCACGUGUU